AGUGCGGGACGACCAAACCACCUCUAAUGGAAGUACAGAGAAACAUCGCUCCCCGACAGACAAACAGCAGCAGCAUGUGUGAAUCGACGCAGAGGUCGAGCGAACCUCGGCGAAAGAGAAUGGAUGAGCGCAGUGCGCCCUCGGAGAUGGCCAGGAUCAUCACUGACCCGGCCACGGGGAAGUGCUACUGCCGUGGAAAAGUUUUGGGAAAGGGAGGGUUUGCCAAAUGCUACGAGUUGACCGACCUCUCCACCAGCAAAGUUUACGCAGCCAAAAUCAUCCCGCAUGCACGCGUCUCCAAGCCUCACCAACGAGAGAAGAUUGACCGAGAAAUUGAGCUGCACAGAGCACUGCACCACAAGCACAUUGUGCACUUUUAUCACCAUUUUGAAGACAAGGAGAACAUCUACAUCCUGUUGGAAUACUGCAGUAGAAAAUCAUUGGCCCACAUCCUAAAGGCUCGCAAGGUGCUCACUGAGCCAGAGGUGCGUUAUUAUCUAAGACAGAUUGUAUCUGGACUGAAGUACCUGCAUGAACAAGAGAUCCUUCACAGAGACCUGAAACUAGGUAACUUCUUUGUGAGUGAGUCGAUGGAGCUGAAGGUCGGCGACUUUGGUCUGGCUGCCAAGUUGGAGCCAGCGGGAAACAGGAGGAAGACGAUCUGUGGAACUCCCAAUUACCUGUCCCCCGAGGUGCUCAACAAGCAGGGCCACGGCUGUGAAUCAGACAUCUGGGCCCUAGGCUGUGUAAUGUACACCAUGCUGUUGGGCCGACCGCCAUUUGAAACCACCAACCUGAAGGAGACGUACAGGUGUAUCAGAGAGGCGCGGUACUCCCUGCCCUCCUCCCUGUCGCCACAGUCAAAGCAGCUAAUCACCAGCCUGCUGGCCAAGAUCCCGGAGGAACGACCCAACCUGGACCACAUUCUGAGGCACGACUUCUUCACACAGGGCUUCAGUCCAGAGCGUCUGCCGGCGAGCUGUUGCCAUUCAGCACCAGAUUUCCAAGUCUCAAGUCCCGCCAAGAGCUUCUUCAAGAAAGCUGCCGCUGCACUCUUUGGGGGCAAGAGAGACAAGGUCAAAUACUACGAGACUCUGAAUAAGUUAACCAAAGAGGAAGAGGAGAUCUACAAACUGCAGCACGACCUGGAGAGAACUGUCAUCAGCCAACAGCAGAGCAAAGAGAUUUCUGAGAAUGGAAGUCUACUUCCGCCAUCUGCCGAGAGCCCUGUUGGCCCGGCAACGGAGAGCCAGUCCCCGACGAGGCGAGACACCAUCCGUCUCAUCGUCAGGGGGAGUCUGGGGAGUUGCAGCAGCAGCAGUGAAUGCCUGGAAGACAGCACGACAGGGAGUGUGGCUGAGACCGUUGCAAGUGUGUUGAGGGGAUGUCUGGAGAGCAUGCCUAAAGCCGACGACAUUCCUCAGGGCUCAAACAGCUGCGGUCUUCAAUGGGUGACUAAAUGGGUGGACUACUCCAACAAGUAUGGCUUUGGCUACCAAUUGUCUGAUUACACCGUGGGAGUUCUCUUCAACAACGGCACUCACAUGAGCCUCCUGCCAGACCGAAAGACCAUCCAUUACUAUGCAGAGUUGGGCCAGCGCUCUGUCUUCCCCACUUGCGAGGUUCCUGAACACUUUGUGAGCCAGGUGACUGUGCUCAAGUACUUUUCCCACUACAUGGAGGAGAACCUCAUGGAUGGCGGGGACCUUGGUAGCAUGACGGAUGCACACAUGCCCAGACUCUACCUGCUGCAGUGGCUCAAGUCCGACCGCGCCCUCAUGAUGCUCUUUAACGACGGCACUUUCCAGAUCAACUUUUACCACGACCACACCAAGAUCAUCCUGUGUUGCCAGAGGGAUGAGUACAUGCUGACAUACAUCAACGAGGACCGCGUCUCCAAAACCUUCAAACUCAGCUCCCUGCUGACGUCCGGAUGCCCCACCGACCUGCGUGAACGCAUGGUGUACUCCCUCAACAUGCUUCUGCAGAGGUGCAGCUAAACCUCCGAUAAUACGCAUUGGACGGCAUUACACAAGAACAAUCUACGCAUUGUGCUACUGCAGCGCUGCAGCGGGACCAGCAUUGUGUGGGAAGGACAAGUCUGAGGAAGGACCUGUGCAAAGUUAAUUAACAUUCCUACACAUGACUCAGAGGUGCAGGUGACAAAGAAGAAAUAACACGCAGAGACUCCAUGAAAUGUAGCACCAUGACAGUGGAUGGCAAAGGGCUGAUUUGUAUGUUGAUUGUUGGAGGAGAGAAAAGACAGAGCAUGUUGGAGCGAGUAUGUCGGUACGAAUGUGAACCCUCAGCUGUUUGAGGGGAAAAAAGGGAUGUUUGGGAAGCAAAGACAAACGCUGGGCUGGCACCAGCUUAAAACAUGUUGUGUAUAUUGAUGCGGUUUUAUAGAGUUGCUCUGAAUGCCACCAGAGUUAGACUGUGGAAUAUUGUAAAUGAUGUACAGUGUUUGUUACAGCUAACUCAGCAAUGCAGACAAUUGAUUUGCUAAUCCGUGUGAAUGCUAGAGUUUGGCUGUUUAUACGUGUCAGUGUGUGUGUGUGUGUGUGUGUGUGUGAGAGAGUGUGGGGGGGUGUAACAUCACACUAACUCUUAAAACUGUGAUUUGUUCUCCUUAAUGACGGAUGGACUCGACACAGUGGGAUGAUGAGAGGGAGAGAAUUGCUUCUUUUUUUAUUAAAAUCAGUACCAUGGAUUCUCUAAGUAUCCAUUAAGAGCCAUUAUCACCAUGGUAGAAAAUUUCCUAAAUAACUUAUUGUGUAAAAAACAAAAAAAAAGGUGCAGUAUUUAUUUAUUUAAUAAUAAAGAGCAUUUUCUAAAAACAAAA